CAUGUCUUAGGGCUUCCCGCGGAAAAUCACGGGUUCUCUCUCUUUACUUCGCAAAAGCCAAACCGCCUUCUUCUCAGCACCACCUCCAGCACCCCGUUCUUCUCCAAACGCUACCAAUCGCGAGUUUCGGUGUCGGAAUUUCUACUCGUCUUACAGAGACACUCCCUACUCGUCCAAAAUGGGAGACGGAACGGACUUCGAAGCCCUGCGGGAGCUCUUCAAACCUCACAUCGACUCUUUCGAUUACUUCAUAGACGAAGGUCUCGAGAAGAUAAUCAUGAACAUCCAACCCGUCAAAAUCUACAACCCUUCCGAAGAUUGCACCCUUCGAAUUUGGUUCGAGAAGCCGGAAUUAGGCUUUCCACAAUGGGACGGCGGUCGGAAGAAAUCAGUGAAAAGAACAAAAAUUCUUCCUUUCGAGUGUAGGCAAGGUGGACUUACAUAUCGAGGUAAAUUUUUUACCAAUGUAUGCCUUCAGUGGAAUGAGAAGUCGGCAAUGGGGCCGGUAAUUCGAGAGCGGUUCAGUUUCGGGCAUAUUCCAAUAAUGUUAAAGUCAAAACUCUGCCACUUGCGAAAUGCUGAUCCUCAAGAACUGGUUCUCCACAAAGAGGAGAUGACUGAAAUGGGUGGUUACUUCAUUUGCAAUGGGAUGGAACGACUUUUUCGAUUGUUGAUCAUGCCAAAGCGAAACUAUCCAAUGGCUUUUGUGCGAAAUGCGUAUCGUAAACGAGGAGAUGGAUAUACUGAUAAAGCAGUUGUUAUCAGAUGUGUUAGAGAAGAUCAAUCUGCUGUCACAGUUAAGCUGUUUUACCUUCAGAAUGGCAGUGCAAGAGUUGGAUUUUUGAUGAGAGGGAAGGAGUACCUACUUCCUGUGGGCAUUGUUCUGAAGGCCCUUAUUGACACUAAUGACCAUGAAAUUUAUGUGAGUUUGACAUGUUUCUAUAGUGAGAAACAUCAGAGGGAAAAAGGUGCCGUUGGUAGUCAGCUUGCAGGUGAAAGGGCGAAAAUAAUUCUUGACGAAGUCAGGAACUUGUCUCUCCUAACUCGCCUUCAAUGUCUACAGUAUAUUGGAGAGUACUUCAAACCUGCAAUGGAUGGACUGAAAACAGAAAGCCAUUCUGUUGUUGGAGAAGCUGUUCUAAGAAACUAUGUACUUGUGCAUCUUGGGAGCAACCAUGACAAAUUCAAUUUGCUAAUUUUUAUGCUGCAGAGGCUUUUUUCGCUUGUCGAUCAAACGUCUGUACCAGAUAAUUCGGAUGCACUGCAAUUUCAAGAGGUUCUGCAGCCUGGACACUUAAUUAGUAUCUAUCUGAAGGAGAAACUAGAAGACUGGUUACACAAAGCAAGGCAGCAAAUUGAGGACAAGAUACAAAACAGCGAGGAGACAUUCGAAUUUAAGAGCACUGCCCAAAUAAAGAAGGUUAUGGAUAAAAGUCCUGCAUCAAAUGUUGGUAAAGCUAUUGAGAGUAUGAUAAAGAAUGGAAGGUUAGCUACAAUGUCAGGUCUUGAUUUGCAACAGAGAGAGUCCAUGACCAUUCUAGCAGAGAAGCUCAACUUUCUCCGCUUUCUCUCACAUUUUCGAUCUGUUCAUAGAGGUGCUUUUUUCACGGGAAUGCGCACCACUGACGUUCGGAAGUUGCUACCAGAAGCUUGGGGUUUUCUUUGCCCUGUCCACACACCUGAUGGGGAACCAUGUGGUUUGUUGAAUCAUCUGACAUCUAGUUGUCGAAUCACAUCAUACUUUGACUCGCAAGGAAAUGUCAAAGAUUUUCUCAAAAUCCGCAUGCGCAUUUUGAAUGCUCUUGUUGGAAUGGGAAUGACACCUCUGGUGCCAAAGCUUGAGGAAGCUGCUCCCCCUGAUGUUCUCUAUGUUCUUUUAGAUGGAUGUGUUAUUGGCUCUAUAAUUUCUAGUUUGGUCGAGAAUGCCAUUGCACAUUUUCGAAGAUUGAAGAUUAAUCCAUCUUCCGGGAUUCCUGAUGAUUUGGAGGUGGGGUAUGUACCUUUUACCAUGGGAGGAGCUUAUCCUGGCUUGUACCUUUUCACAUCACCUUCAAGAUUUGUUCGUCCAGUUAGGAAUAUUUCCCAGCCUUCAGGGGAAAAUAUGGAUAUUGAACUUAUUGGACCUUUCGAACAGGCGUAUAUGGAGAUAAGAUGUCCGGAUGGGGGAGAUGGGGGGAGGAAAGGUCCUUUUUCUGCCACUCAUGAAGAGAUCCACCCGACCGCAAUACUCAGUGUGGUUGCCAAUCUCACGCCUUGGUCUGAUCACAAUCAAAGCCCUCGUAAUAUGUAUCAAUGCCAGAUGGCUAAACAAACAAUGGCUUUCUCAUCCCAAGCUAUACAAUUUCGUGCAGAUCACAAGCUAUACCAUCUUCAGACUCCUCAAUCCCCCAUUGUACGUACAGCUUCAUAUGAAAAAUAUAGCAUGGAUGAGUACCCCACAGGAACGAAUGCAAUCGUUGCAGUUUUGGCAUACUCAGGUUACGAUAUGGAGGAUGCUAUGAUCUUGAACAAGUCAUCAGUUGAUCGUGGGCUGUGUCAUGGUCAUAUAUACCAGGUUGAAACUUUUGACUUAGCGGAUCAGCGUACCAAAUCAGAUCCUGGUUUCAAAGUGUUUGCUAGAAGUAACACAGAUAGAUCUCAGAAUUCUUUGAUUGAUUCUGAUGGUCUCCCAUAUGUUGGGCAGGUAAUACACCCAAAUGAACCAUAUUGCAGUUUUCAUAAUACGGUAAACAAUACAACAAAAACUAUGACACUAAAGGGUUCAGAAUCUGCUGUGAUCGACUAUGUUUCUAUUGAUGGGGCAAGUUCCAAAAAUUGCUUGCAGAAGGUGAAUAUCCGAAUGCGACGUCGUAGAGAUCCUAUCAUUGGUGACAAGUUUAGCAGCAGACACGGGCAGAAAGGUGUCUGCUCUCAGCUUUGGCCUGAUAUUGAUAUGCCAUUUUCAGCAAGUACAGGAAUGCGACCAGAUCUCAUUAUCAAUCCACACGCAUUUCCUUCUAGGAUGACAAUUGGAAUGCUCUUGGAAUCUAUAGCAGCUAAGGGAGGCUGCCUACAUGGAAAAUUCAUUGAUGCAACUCCAUUUCCAAAGUCAGUUAAGAAAGCAGAUGGAGAGUCCUCUACCGAAUCAGAUUCGCUUGUUGAUGAACUUGGCCCUAUGUUGACCUCCUAUGGGUUCAAUUAUCAUGGAUUGGAAGUCAUGUACAGUGGUGUCCUCGGGACAGAGCUUCCAUGUGAAAUAUUUAUUGGGCCUGUCUAUUACCAGCGUCUCCGACACAUGGUUUCUGACAAGUAUCAGGUUCGGUCCACAGGAACCGUCGAUCAGCUCACCAGGCAGCCAAUCAAAGGAAGAAAGCGUGGAGGAGGUAUUCGUUUUGGGGAGAUGGAGCGCGACUCAGUUCUCGCACAUGGGGCCGCAUACCUGUUACACGAUAGGCUCCACACAUGUUCCGAUUAUCAUAUCGCUGAUGUCUGCUCCCUCUGCGGGAGUGUCCUCACGGCAUCUGUCAUCCAACAGCAGAAAAGAGCCACACCAGCAAUCGGUGGGCUGCCCCCUGGGAGAGCUCCGAAGAAGGUCAUGUGCCAAGCCUGCAAAACGAGCAAAGGGAUGGAGACGGUGGCCAUGCCGUAUGUCUUCAGGUACUUGGCCGCAGAAUUAGCGGCGAUGAACGUGAAAGUGACCCUUCGGUUGAGUACCGGAGAGUGAAGAGUGAAACUAGGUGCAUUCCAUGCAAGUCGUCCUGGGGCCUGCUGAUGAUGGGGAAUUAUUUAUACAUCUGGAGUUUGCAACUUUGCAGGCAGCGGUGGAACCAAACACUGGCAGCUGUUGGCAUGUAUGACGCAAUUCAAUUUGAAACUGGAAUGCCAUCCGGAGAGUGGGAAUUUCACUGGAGAAAUUCUGUUCAAAUUUUGAAAUAUCAUGUUGGUUUUGUAUCUGUAAAAUGUAGGUUUAGACUAAUUAUUUUCUGAGCAUGUUUUAUUUAUUUAUUUAUUUCUAUAUUAACAUAUCCUGAUGUUAUGAUUUUGUCGGAAAUUCUGCACCUCUUUCUUAAAUAGAAAUGCUCCAAUGCUCUCAGAUCA